AUUAUUAUUUACAACAUUAAGAUACCUAUCUAAUUGACGUGUGAAUGUUUUUUUUUAAAUAUGAUUAAAAGUUUAUACAUAAAAAUUCCCCAACAUAAUCAACAGUGUAGAUUUCUUAUCUGAUUGGUCAUUUAUCGAUGAUACUGCAUAGAUUCGAAUAGAACGGUUUAUCAAGUUUAUGGGGUAUUGUGAGUAAACAAAGAAACGUGGCAGGUUUCUGUGUGCUUUAUUUUUCUUGUGGUCGAAAAAGAUAAUCAAUGGAAAUUUCGUCCACAUUCAUAUAAUCCAUAUAAACAAAUAUAAAUUGCUUUUCUUUAAAUGAUUAUUUCUUUUUUUAUGUUUCUAGUAAACUUUCCUUUAUGAGCAUUUUUUCUUUUGCGCGUUUUUUUAGAUGAGUUUACAUUUGUUUAAUUCCUGACAUAUUUAUUUCAUCAUUUCUUGAUCUUAUGAAAAACAGGCAGGGGAGCAGGAUGAUGUAUGAAAAAAUCCUUGAAGAUGCGCAAGAAAUAAAAAGACGGUUGUCGGCAUUAGGAGAAAAUGUUAAUGAAGAUGCAAUAUGUGAACUGCUGCAGAGUUGUGGUCCUAAUUACGAACUGGAGCAUAUCAUUAACAUGAUUACAGAAAAUUGGAAUCCCGACCGUCAAAAUGAUUUGGAUGAAACUGGAACUUCCAUCACAGAUAUAUCAUCUAUUAUAGACAAAUCUGAGAUACAUGGUAAUGACAAAAUUUCUAAUCUUGAAGAUUUCAUACAAGAAUAUGCUGAAACAUCAGAUGCUUCAUCAGAUUAUGAUGACAGAGAUGAUUAUUAUACUGCCACUAAUUGGGACGAUAUUUCAGUAGUAGAUACUGUAACACGAUCCAUAUCAUCUCCUUUAGAACCAUGUGAUACAUCAUCAUCAAAUCAUAAUAGUGAAGCCAUAGCUGUUCCUCCUGAAGUAGAAUUUUUAGAGGAAAAUAAUAAUGAUCCUAAUAAUAACUUAGAUUCUGUCCAGAUACUUCAAGAAUUACAAAAUAAUUCUCCAGACGUUUAUGACAGGAGAGAUUCAAGUAUAGAAUCCUGUGUAGGAUUCACCGGAAAACCUGAGAGUCCAAAGCCAGGUUGCAGUAAAGAUUCCCAUGAUACGUUCAUACCUCAUAAAUAUUCUAAACUACAUUCUGAAGCAGAACAAAUAAACGUUCUUUUACCUCGGUUUAAACAUGAUGUAAUUUAUGAGACAUUGCGUUACAAUUGUAACGCGAAAAAUCGUAUUGAACUUACAUUAUGGGAUUUGUUGCCGGACAGGAGACCAAAACCUCAAAUCCCAUCCAAACGAAAACUUGUGGAUGACGUGUAUCAUACAGAUCAUAAGAAAAAUCUCGCAGAGAUACCUGAAGAUGAUGUAGAAAUUACAUUUAUUCAAUCAAUGGAAAAACCACAUUCUACAUGUAAGAAACAUUCACAUACAAAGAAACAUGUGACAGAUGUAAUAUUAGUUGAGAAUGAUACAAUUAGCGAUGCCAGUCAACAAAGUGUAGUUCCUUUUACAAAAGCAAAAUUAAAUAAAAUUGAUAAAUCUGAUAACAAUAUUGAUACGUGUAGUGUAUCUGAUAAAAAUAAACUUUAUGAAUCAACUACUAUUAUGGAGGAGCCAUUAUCACCUGCAUGUAAAAAAGAUCCACAUACAAAGAAACAUCAAACAGAUAUAUUAGUUGAGAAUGGCAUGAUUACUGAUGCCAGUCAACAAGGUGUAGUUCCUACUACAAAAGUAAAAUUAAGUAAAACAGAUAAAUCUGGUGAUAAUAUUGAUACAUGUAGUGUAUCUGAUAAAGAGGAACUUGAUGAAUCUACCAUCAAGGAGAAACUUUUACCAAAGGUUGAUAUAAAAAAUGAAGAAUUACAAUGUAUGGUUACAGAGGAUUUGCAAGUAAUAUUACAAAAGGAAAGAGCAGGUGAGACAAUACAGCAUAACUAUUUCACGGCCGUUCCUCUAUUACGACCAUCAAAAUUAACAUAUAUUUCGAAUCAUAAGUAUAUUCCAUUAAGACCAUCACUGGUACCAACUCCUAUCUUAUCACCACCAAAAUUCAAAAUCCCAAAAGAUCGAAAACCAAUAUCUACGCGACUUAUGAUGGUACCAAUUCAAAACCCUGGGAAAUCAGCUGUGUUAAAACAAAACACUGAAGAAGAUGUGUCCUUGGACACACCAGCGAAUAGAAGAAAUAAUCAAACAUCGGACGUGAAUAUAGCUCAGUCACGUUCAUUUGUUGAUCUCACACAGGAAAAUAUAACCAAUUCGCAAGACAAAACAGUGUUAAAUGUAAAGACGGAAAAUACUAAGUUAUCGAAGAAUAAUCCAUCGCACAGUUUACAACCGAACAGUACAAAAAAUAUACCCAUUUUAAAUACUAUUAAAGACGUUAAUAGUAGUAAAAGUGAAGUUAAAGAUUUGGAGCCAGAAAGAAGGGAUAACAAUACACCUCAGGUCAUGCCUUCAACCAGUAAAGAAGUAAAUACAAGUGCAACUAAACAAUUAGAAAUGCUAGGGUCUUUGCAACAAUCUGAUGGCAAACAAAGUCAAACAUUGUUAAAUAAGACUACGGAGUGGAUUGUACCUUCUAAUUCUGCUAACGAUCUUGUGACGAUACAUUAUAUUAGUACAAAUACGCUACCUCGACAGGCAUCGACAUCUGACUUUGUAGUUGAGAAUGUACAGCAAGAAGCAGGAUGCACAAUAAGGAAAGAACAAAAAAAUAGCGAGAAUAAUACCAGUGAUAAAAAAGUAACAUUGAGCCAAGGAGCUCUUAAAAUAUAUUUCAAACUAAUACCAAUGUUCCCAUGUGUAGAUACUAAAUUCAUUAGACAAUUAUGCCAUGAAUAUGUUAAAGAUGAAGAUCUACUAACAGAUGAAACAGUUAUAUUGCAAGCUUUAAUUGAUUACUUGCUUAAUCACAGUCAAGAGCAUCCGAAUCUUAAAAAGCCUGAACCUUUACCAGAACCGGAUAAUUUGGAUGUAAAUGAGCAGUAUGUCAAUUUAUUGGAAAUAUUUCCAAAAGCAGAUCCUACAUACUUAAGAGGUGUAGCUGAACAAAUGUAUGAUAAGCCUGAUAUGAUAAAACAAUUUGUUCAAUCGAAACUCGAAAAUCCAGAUUAUCCAACCAGAGAGCAAUAUCUGGCUAAAAAGAAAAUUACAGAACAACAGAAGCAAUAUACUACAGGCUUUCAAGUGACACAAUUCUUAGAGAUAUUUCCAGAUCCAUUUUCAUACUUCGAGGAUGAUAAGAGAGAAUGUCGAUUUGACAUACAUGCAGUAGACUUUCUGAAACAUCACUUUAAUAAAAUUAGGGUAAAUACUUUGUUAAAUAUAUAUGCUCAGUAUAAACAUAAUUUAACUUUAACUGCUAAAACCUUGGAAACUCUAAAUCCCGAUAUGAAGACUAAACGAAUCUAUCCGUUGGUGCAAUCAGAAAAUAUACCAGUUCUUCAAGAAUGUGCUUUUAUACAACAUAAAGCAGAACUACGGGCAUAUUUGAACGAACUGAAAGAAGACGAAGAGAAAGAAUUUAACGAACUUAAGGCGAAAAAUGAACUUCUUGAAUGCCAAUGUUGUUAUGACAAUGAAUGUAUGCCAUCCAAAUGUUCCACGUGCGAGGAUGGCCAUAUUUUUUGUAAUUCGUGCAUUGCAAAGUGUACAGAUGUGAAAUUAGCAGAGGGCGAGACGCAUAUCCAUUGCUUGAUAGAUUGCGGCAGUGAAUUUCACCUUUCCGUGCUUCAAUAUGUGCUGCCUCCAACUAAAUUCAGCAUUCUUCUUCAGAAACGACAAGAAGCUGAGGUAAUGGCUGCUGGAUUGGAAGGUUUAGUGUCAUGUCCAUUUUGUCACUUUGCAUCUAUACCUCCACAAGAGGAUAAAAUAUUCAAAUGUUUUAAUCCCGACUGCAUGAAGGAGUCGUGUCGAUUGUGUAAAGAAAUUAAUCACUUACCUCUUAAAUGUAAUGAAACUAAGUCCGAUGCCGCGCGUUUGUACUUGGAAGAAAAAAUGUCUGAAGCCCUGAUACGGAAGUGUUAUCGUUGUGCACGAACAUUUUUUAAAGAGGAAGGGUGUAAUAAAAUGACUUGUCUGUGUGGUGCUCAAAUGUGUUACAUUUGUGAUAAGCCAAUAUCCAAUUAUGGGCAUUUCAAAGGUCAAGGAUCAAUGGCAUCUAACCUUUGUCCACUGUGGAGCGACGAUCGUCGUAUGAAUGCUGAAGCUGUAAUUCAUGUCUGUAAGGAAACCAUGAAGCAGAUCAAGGAAAAGAAUCCUGAAGUCGAAAUAAAUGCCGAUGCUCUUUUACCAAAGUUACCGCCUAAAAUUAGAGGCCCGCAUGAUGAUAUCGCUCAUGCAAAUGUAUUGCCGGCACAUGCAAAUAGGGUUGCAAGACACAUUCCAUGACAACUUUACGAUAAUAUUAACUGUUUCUCCCUAUGUUUUGUUUUAAUAUAUCUAUUAUUAUAUCUAUUAUAUCUAGAUUAAUUUUAGAUUAUAUUCGCACAUAGAACAUUUCUUGUAACAUACAAUUUACCUCAUAUGCCUGUUUUAUAUCUUAUAAAUUCAAAUAGUCUAUUUCA